AUGGCGGUCGAUAACUCUCUGAUAUCGCUGCUUGCGACACUCACGACUUCGAUACAGUCGGCCACCGAGGCCCUGCCCCGCGACGACGAGAUUCUACCCCCGAAGGAGGGCAUCUCGCUGCUCGAUGUCAAGAACGAGCUCCUGCUCUCGUACCUUCAGAACCUCGUCUUCCUCAUACUACUCAAGUUGCGAGCACGGUCGUCUGGCGGAAGCGACCAGCUGCACCCGCAGGAUGAGGUCGUUCAGAAGCUCGUCGAGCUCCGAAUCUAUCUCGAGAAGGGCGUGCGACCGCUCGAGAACCGCUUGAAAUACAACAUCGACAAGAUCAUCCGCAGCGCAGACGAUGCCACCCGUCGCACCAUGCAAGCCACCGCAAAGCCGAAAGCGAGGAAGUCAAGAAACGACACAGGCUCCGGCUCUGACGCCAGCGACGCCGAGUCCGCCGCCUCAGACCAGACUGCCGACUCGGAAGAUGAGAUGUCGUUUGCGCCCAACAGAGCAGCUGUCAUCCGUGCAAAGGCUGAAGUAACCUCGGAGCGCGCCCGCGAGUCUGCCAAAGACGGCAUCUACCGCCCACCUAAAAUCACACCCAUGGCCAUGCCCACAACUGAGAGCCGCGAAGCCCGCCGUGACCGCCGACCCAACAAGUCCGCCACGCUCGACGAAUUCAUCGCAACUGAGCUCUCUUCCGCACCCAUCGCCGAGGCUUCCAUCGGCAGUACCAUCACGCACGGUGGGCGACACACAAAGUCGGAGAAGGAGCGAAGGGAAGAGAACGAGAGGCGCGAGUAUGAAGAGAGCAAUUUCACGCGCUUGGCGCCCAAGAGCAAGAAGGAGCAGAGGAAGCUGGACAGGGGCAAGACGGGCGGGUUUGGAGGUGAGGAAUGGAGGGCUUUGGGCGCAGGCAUCGACAGGAUUGAAAGACUUACGAAGAAGAAGGGCGGAAAUACGAAGGGGAGCCUUGAGAAGAGCAGGAAGAGGCCCGUUGAGGACGGCCCGAGAGGCAGUGGGAGUGCAGCGGGGGAUGCAUUUGAGAAGAGGAGGAAGAUUGUUGGGAGGUAUCGAAAGUAG